AUGCCCAAAGCAAUGACUCCAAAAGAACUCGCAAGAUCAGGCAGAAGGCACAAUCCUCUUGAAGCUGAUUUAGUAGCAAGUGGACCACUGAAAACAAAAUCCGGAAAAAGAAAGUCUAGAAAUGAGGAUGAAGGAGAAAAGUUUGUGGAUUCAAAAUCAUCGCGGAGGAUUUUAAAGAUAGGUCAAGAACUUGCCGAUGAGGACGAAGCCGAAAACCAAGCAGCAAAGCCAAAUGCAGCCUUCAAUUUUGAUUCAAGAUUUGAGGAUGAGGACGAGGAGGAUGAGCCAGAAUUCGGAGGUGAGGAUGGAGAUGAAUGGGGAGAUGAUGAUGAUGAGGUCCCAGAAUUAGUCGAGUUGGCACCAGAAGAUCGCGAUACGUUUGGCAAGUUCUUUCCGGAAAAGGUUGCUCCUCCGCAGUCAUUAAAUAACAUUAGUUUUGGAGGGGCGGAUCACGACAGUGAGGAUGAGAAUGAAGAAGGACAAGGCACAGAUUUGACCGCAUUGAUUUUGGAGAGGAUUGCUCAAUUUGAGGCGAAACAAUCUGGACAACCUGGAGCAGGUCCGGCUGGUCCUGAGGACGAUGGAUUUUUCGUUCAUCCUAAGGUUUUAGAAGUUUACACAAAGUAA